AUGACCAAAGGGCAAGCUCAAGAGGUGUUAAAUGGUAUAAGGUUCAAGCCGUUGAACGAAAUCCAGAAACAUGUCAGAUCAGACACUUGUUACCUCCACUUCACAACUAUCGAAGGCGCCGCGUACUUUUAUAAUUUGUAUAAUCAAAAGGGUAUCAAGUUGAAUGACCUUCAAUUUUCCGUCCUUCCUAUGCAGUAUCCUGACGGAUCUGUUGUCAGAUAUCCUACCACAACACCUACACCCACACCACAUGACAAAUCUGAAGCGAUUGAAGAGGUGAGUCGAUUGUUGGUUGGAAGUGAUGAAGCUGAAUCUUUGACAAGAUCAACUGCUCCUCUUUCCUCUGGUGCUCCUUUGGUAGCUGGUGCUCCUUUAGCGGCUGGUGCUCCUUUAGCGGCUGGUGCUUUGUCAUCUACAAGGAACCCUUUGAAUGCUCGGUCUUUGUCUGCUGAAACUGUGUCUGCCGAGCAUUCUUCCUCUUCUGUUGGGUCUUUCUCAGACGAACCUCUUUUUUUCUCUCGUCCUGCUUUUGGUGAAGCUUCGUCUAGCCAGCCUGCUUCCACCAAUAAUGAAUGGAAGUUGAGCACAAAAAGAGCAAUAGAAGAUCUUGACCAAGAGAUCAAGCGACUCAAGAAGGCUCGUAAGCUUUUAAAAAAAGCAUUAAACGAGUAG